GUUGGGAACCCUUCUUUGGAGGGACGCUACUCAGCAAGUACAAGUGAAACGGAGAUGAGAGUUCGGCGAAGUUUCGUCAACUUGUUGAUAACGGGGUGUGAGCGUAUUGCCAUUUGCGGCGCUCGAUCUGUUGAUUGGCUGAUAGGCUGAUUGGUUGAUUGGCUGAUUGGUUGAUUGACAGAGAGGACGUGUGUUGCGCUGACCGCGCCGUGCGCAAGCGUUGACCGUGUCGUGCGCCUGCGCUGACCGUGCCGCGCGCUGCAGCGGUGUCUGAUAAGAGGAUACAUCGGGACACACGUGGCUCCGGCGGCUCACACGCGCGCGCUGUACUCGAUGCAGAUGGUCUGUGGAAUUGAGUGGUUCAUGACUGAUUGAUUGGUUGUUGGACUAAUCAGGCUAGGUAGCUCCUUGAUUGGCUGAUUGGUUGAUUGGUUUCUGUGCGGGCUUUGUUGCACCGGUUGUGCCGUGCGCGGGAGUGCUGUUUGUGGGUAAAUUGGUACUCACGUGGCUCUCCUUCUCACAUUGACAGACACGUGGCAUCAACGCAGCUGUCUUCGUUAUUGUGAGCCCGACGGCUCUGGCGGCCCAGGCGGCUAUGGAGGUUAUGGAGGCUAUGGCAGCAGUGCCUUCUUGGUGUGUCGGUAAUGCGGCUGGAGCAAGAGGUCAAGAGUUCAAUACCCCAGAGAAGUGUCUGGGCAAAAGUUUGUCCACGGCGCGGACGUCGGUAUCACCACCCUCCCCCUCGGUCGGCGGCACCCGUUUCCCGCCUUUUUCUCUUUCCCGCGCCUCCUCGCCCACCCUUUUCCCGCGUUUUUGUCUCGCCCGCGCCUCCUCGCUCUCCACGAUGUCUUCUUGUUUCCCGCCGACGACUGAGUCGAAGAACUGGCGGUGUCCUGUUCUUGCGCGACGUCGGAUGUACGGAUCGGUGGGGUCGUCGGGAUUGGGACUUGGCAGGGUCUGCACGUGGAAGUCGUUUGGACUGCGUGCCGCUGACGUGUCUGGUGGUGCCACGUGUUACCAGGUCACCUUCAAGAUACCGGACGGAGAGACUACCACCAUCGAAGUCGAAGAAGACGAAUUCAUUUUGGACAAGGCUGAGGAGAUGGGACUGGAUCUUCCUUACUCCUGUCGAGCGGGAUCGUGCUCCACCUGUGCCGCGGUUCUGGAGUCGGGAUCGGUAGACCAAUCUAAUCAGAGCUUCCUCGACGACGAGCAAAUCGAGAAAGGCUUCGUUCUUAUCUGCCAAGCUUAUCCCAAAUCGGAUAUAGUGUUGACGACACAUAAAGAGGAAGAACUUUAUUGAUGACGUCAUCGUUGUAUCGUCUCUUCGUGUAGGCGAAAUUUGCCGGAGAGGAGGAAUAGGAGGGUAAGAAAAAAAUAGGUGUUGACGUCAUAACGCGGAGGGAAGGGAGGGGGAGGAGAUGGGAUGGGAUCCCUACUUCCCGACUGCUGUCUGUCGAGCGGGAUCGUGCUACACCUGUGCCGCGAUUCCGGAGUCGGGAUCGGUAGGUCAAUCUAAUCGGAGCCUGCCUCGACGCUGAGCAAACGGAUGGAGAUAGGCUACGUGCUGAUCUGUCAAGCUUAUCCCAAAUCGGAUAUAUUGUUGACGACACAGACACGAAGAAGAAGAACUUCAUUGACGACGCCAUCAUCGUGUGGUGUGGGGGAAAUUUGCCAGAGAGGACAGGAGGGUAAGAAAUAGGUGUUGACGUCAUCGUCGUAAUCUUCCGAGGGAAGAGACGCGUGUCCCUCUCUCUCUCUCUCUCUCUCUCUCUCGUUUGGGCCAGCCUACAGGUCUCGGCAAACGUUCGCAGUUGAUGCAACUUCAAGCAAGCAAGCCCUCUCUCUCUCUCUCUCUCUCUCUCUCUCUCUCUCUCUCUCUCUCUCUCUCUCUGUGACUGUAGCAUAGCAUUGAACGUAGAAGUUGCCCUGACGCAUUUUGGCGAAGGCUGGGGGAAUCGUCGAAGCCAGGAAUUUUGCGCAUUACCCGUCUGACGUCAACAAAUUUGGAUGGUGCGGUCACUGUAGCUGCAUGUGGACUGGAAGGCGAGCCAGGUACGGGUGUCCCCAAAUAAUACUGGCGGUCACUGUCGCCGCAUCUGGACGGCAAGGUGAGCCAGGUUCGGGCUAUAAUGACCAUACGAUCUAGUAGGACGUUCGGUCACUGUCGUUGCAUCCGGACGGCAAGGUGAGCCAGGUUUGGUCUAUAAUGACUGUCCAGGUGAGCCAGGUUUGGUCUAUAAUGACUGUCCGAUCUAAUAGGACGCGGUCUCUGUCGCUGCAUCUGGACGGGACGUUGAGCCAGGUUCGGACUAUAAUGACCGUACGGUCUAUUAGGGGGUGGAGGUAAGACCGGUAGGGCGUAAAGAUCGGUGGUGGAGGCCGGUUUGACUUUAAUCUGAGUAAAGAUAGGCUUGUUUG